AUGAAACUCCCCGUCCCAUGGAGGCACCGGCUAGAGUUGGCCUUGGCCUGCCUCUGUCGGCAGGAGGUCCUCAGGGCCUGGCACCAGGUCCUCCAUGGAGCCUGGAAGUUAGCAGGGCAUGUGGUAGGAGUGAGGGGGACAGCAGAGAGCCAAGAAACUAGUGUCUGUGUUGUGAAUGUGCUGACCUCUGAUGCACGGAGCAGGGAGACAUCAGCAGACAGGUCAGGAACUCAAGAAGUGCCCAGCAGGAUCUGGGGACAAGCCGCUGGCUGUCCCCGCCUCCUUUGCUUCCUCCUCUGCCCUCCCCACAUAGUGGGGCCUGUGGAGCAGAAGCCACAGUCACUUCCUGAAGGCAGCAGCCUCAGCUCAGGUCCCACUCGCCCUGUGGCCCAUCACCUGCCUGCAGCCAUGGGAAGCCAUCAGGACUUCCGGAGCCUUCAAGCAAAGUUCCAGGCCUCUCAGCCUGAGACCAGCGAACUCCCCCUAAAAUCCCCAAAGCCGGAGUUCAAGAAACUCCUCAAGAAGUUUCCACAGCCUGAGCUAAGCGAGCACUCCAAGAAGCCCCCGCAGCCUGAGUUCAGUGUAGUGCCCAGGAAGCCCCCGCAGCCUGAGUUCACUAAGCCCUCCAAACCUGAGUUCAGUGAACGCUCCAAGAAGUUCCCACAGCUCGAGGCCACUCUGUUCCCCAAGAAGCCCCCGCAGCCUGAGGUCUGUGGGUCCCCUCAGAAGGCCUUUCAGCGGGAGCCAAGCGCACUUGCACAGAAGUCCCAGCAGCUUGAGCUCAACAACCCCACCAGCUUUCCCACAGAACCCAAAUUCAAUGCAUUCCCUAGGAAAUCCUGGCAGCCUGAGCCCAAUGAGGCCACCCCGAAGCCUGAGUUCAAUACCUUUCCAAAGAAGCCCCCACAGCCUGAGUUCAGCAUGCUCCCCAGAAAGCCCCAGCAGCCUCAGGUCGGUGGCCUCCCUAAUAAGUCCCUGCCACAGCCAGAGUUCAGCGAGGUCCCUCAGAUGCCUCCCUGGAAGCCUGAGCCCAGUGAGCCCCAUCCCCACUCCUCACAGCCCAACUUCAGUGUCUUUCCAAAAAAGAUCCCACCGCCUCAGCUGAGUCACCUCCCCAAGAAGCCCCUGCAGUCUGAGUUUGGUGACCUCACCAGGACAUCCUCGGAGCCCCAAGUCUGUGUGUUUCCCAAGAGGCCCUGGCAGUCUGAAUUCAAAGCGCUCUCUAAGAAGCCCCCGAAGCCUGACCUGGGUGGCCUCCCCAGGACCACCUCAGAGCCUGAGGUCAGCCUGCUCCCCAGGAAGUUUCCGCAGCCAGAGGGCCAAGGGCCCCCCCGCAAAUACUCACAGCCCGAGCCCAAUGCUCUGCCCAAAAAGCCCCUGCAGGUGGAGUUCUUUGGGGGGCUCUCUAGAAAGCCUCCACUGCCUGGCUCUGUUUCAGAGAGCUCACUGCCCACAGCUGUUGAGGGCUCCAGCCCCACGUUCAGAGCCAGGCAGCAGAGGUCAGGAGCUCUCUCUCACAGUGGAGGGUCAAGACUAGGCCUCAAACCCGGCCACCCACCCCAGCAGAGGCCUCUACCCCCAAUCAGCAGCCUGGGACCCCCUCCAGCCAAGCCCCCACUGCCUCCGGACCUCAGGGAUGUCCAGAGCUUUCAGAGACCCUCAGCAGCUGCCACAGCUCUGCGGAGGACCCGCUCUGCUGCUGGAAUCCACAUCCAGGCCCGACAGUCUAAGGACAUCCCGCAGGACCUGGACGAGAUCUAUGAGGUGUACGAUGACGUGGAGCCCACAGAUGAUUCCAGAUCCAGCCUCAAGGGCAGAGAUGCAGUGCCAUCCACCCAGCAACCCCCCAGGAAGUCACAAGACCUUGAGCUCAGGAAGGAGAAGGCCCCCCAGCCACAGUUGCUGCCCACAGACCCAAAGGUCCUGAAGCAGAUCCGGAAGGCAGAGAAAGCUGAGAGAGAGUUCCGGAAGAAGUUCAAGUUUGAGGGGGAGAUUGUGAUUCAGACCAGGAUGAUGAUUGACCCCAAUGCCAAGACACGUCGUGGGGGCGGCAAGCACCUGGGAAUCCGGCGUGGGGAGAUCCUGGAGGUGAUUGAGUUCACCAGCGAGGAGGAGAUGCUAUGCAGGAACACCAAGGGCAAGUAUGGCUACGUGCCUAGAACAGCGCUGCUACCCCUGGAAACGGAAGUGUAUGACGACGUUGCCUUCUGGGACCCUCUGGAGAGCCAACCAUUCCCUAGGGGACGAUAAGGCCCGAAGGUGUGGGGACCCGGGAGAAUAUGCCACCCACUAACCCAGGAGUCCUGGAUCCCAACUUGGAGGUCACAUGAUUGCCAAGGCUCAGGCCUGACCACGUACAUGGACCACAUAAAGCCACUCUUUAAAAGCGA